GCCGGGCGGCCCCGGCGGCGGGGUGAGGUUUAUAAUGGAACUUACAUCUUUGCCUAAAUUUCUUUGGACAAGUGACAACAAGCUUCUGCAUCACCAUUUUCCAGACAUACUGGCUACUGUUCAUACCACACAAGACAUCCCUGAAGAAGUUGUUUUUGGACCAUGCAUGCUCCAGAACACCCUGCUGGACACUGUAGCUUUCAUUGCUCUCAAGUGUUCUGAUAGACGGAACAUCCACUAUGUAUUUAAGGUGGAUGUUACAUCUGUGCACAGUCCCACAGGACUGCCUUGGAUGAGACUCGUACAAGCAGCUGCCGAUAGCAAGGAGCAGAACUUGGAAGCUUACUUAGAAAACAGUCAGUUAUACUAUCGCUCCACCAGGAAAAUCAGCAAAAAUGAGGAACUGCUUGUCUGGUAUGAUGAGGAGCUUUCCAGCCUCUUGGGUUUCAAUGAGAUAAAAGCUCAAAGGCCCCAGAGUGAGUUGAGAUGCCAAGAAUGUGACCGAGUCUUUAAAUGUGAGCAUUCCUAUCUGUCCCAUGUCCGCUUCCUCUGUGUGCCAGAGAAGAGUGCUCUGCUGUGGAGAAACUUCCAGAACCCUAAAACUGAAAAGAGCAGCCUAGCUGAGCAGACCACAAAUUUCCACAGUCUGGCACGGGACCUGGAAGUCAAAAUGACAGCUUGUAAAGAUGAUGCACAUGGUCUUAUUGGAGAAAGGAGAGCAAAAUCUGAAGAGGCUGAGAACAGCAGGAGCAGGAAAACAGUGCUGUUGGAGAAAACCAAUAAUUUGACUGAGGAACGUAACUGUGGGGGCAAGGAAGAGGUUGGGGGAGAGCAUGCAUUGGCUGGUUCUUUCAGGAAGCUUAGUUCAGGGAGGCAGUCAGCUAGGAAGGAUGCUUUAGAGCAGAAGCAGAGUGCUUUCACUGAGGUCAGGAGAAUGAAAGAGAAGCUGAGGAAUGAGAGACUGCAGGAGCCAGAGCAGGAGGAUGUCACUGCCCCACUUGGUAAAGAGCAGGUGCCAAAGGAAGUGUUGCUGAACUCCUCUGGUAGUGCAUUCUCCUUUGUUUGGCCCACCAGAGCUCGAGGAGAACAGAAGAGUGCUUUCAGCAAGCCCAGUAAGUGCGUAAUAGAAAGAGCUGCAGUAAAUUCUUCUCAUCCCAUGAGUGAGUCAACAAAGAGCCUGGGGGAGCUGUCUGGCUUCAUUGCCACCGCAGACAUCAUGUGCUGCAGCAGUCUUCUCAAUUCCAAGUUCUUUGUCAGUGAUUUGUGUAAUGCUCAGAUGCUGCAGACAAGCAUCACUCGGAGCAAUGUUUUCCCAUAUACCUCAGAACCCUGGCUCAAGCAAGCAGGAGGACAGUUACAAAACACCACCACCACCACUUCCUCCUCUUCCUCCUCCUCCUCCUCCUCCUCUUCCUUGACUCUUCUUCCCCCCACCUUCACAUCAUUUGGAGUGGCUGCCCAGAACUGGUGUGCCAAAUGCAACCUGUCCUUUCGCAUGACAUCUGAUUUAGUCUUCCACAUGCGGUCACAUCACAAAAAAGAAUACUCCUCUAGUGAAUCCCAGUGCAAGAGGAGACGAGAGGAGAAGCUGACAUGCCCCAUUUGCCAUGAGUACUUCCGAGAGCGCCAUCAUUUAUCCCGGCACAUGACUUCUCAUAAUUAGAGCUAUGAAGACAGAUGUCACCAUGGGACCGGGCAGGUUGGAUGAAGAAGGGAAUGAUAGUUCACUUAAAUCCAUUUCUUUUUGAGUUUACAUUCAUUUCUUUCAGGAAAUCACUGUUUACAAUAAUUUGUAAUAGAUGCUUUGUGAAAAAAAUAUAAAAUGUUUACAAGAGUCUGAGUGGGUUUUAAGUUUUGAAAACUCAACCUAGCCCUUAUUAAUCUAUUUUUGAGGAAAUAAAAUAGUGAAAUGAA